AGACACACAGUGAGCUCUGUGUGCAGUCUGGGCUUGUUCCUGGUUUGUUUCGGUUAAUCCUGGCCCAGCAAAACUACCGACCUCCCCAGUCCAAGGCCCUGUGAGAGCUGCUGCUCUGACCGACCCGCAAAAAUGUCCAAGUUGAGUGGGAAAGUGCAGACGGUGCUGGGUGUGAUCGAGCCCAGCCAGUUGGGUCGGACCCUGACCCACGAGCAUUUGUCUUUGGUUUUCGACUUUUGUUACUCACAACCACCACCUGGUCAAGAGAAGUUCUCUGAAAUGCCCAUAGCCAUCAACAACUUAUACUGGCUCAAGCAAAACCCCUAUUCUCACAAAGUCAACCUGGUGUUGAACGACGAGACCGAAAGUGUUAAGGAGGAGAUGUUGCAUUUUAAGAAAAUGGGUGGUGGCACCAUCGUGGACAACACGACGACAGGGAUUCAUAGGGACGUCCAGACUCUCAAGCGUCUUUCCCAAGAAACUGGGGUUCACGUUAUCGCGGGGGCUGGAUACUAUGUGGGCGCGACACAUUCUGCUGAAACACUUAACAUGACGGUGGAAAAGAUGACAGAUGUUCUAGUGAGCGAAAUUCUCCAUGGAGCUGAUGGAACUGACAUCAAAUGUGGAGUGAUUGGAGAAAUCGGCUGCUCAUGGCCACUGACUGAGAGCGAGAGGAAAGUUCUUCAAGCCACAGCUCAGGCACAGGCACAGCUCGGCUGCCCGGUCAUCAUUCACCCUGGCAGGAAUUGUGACGCACCUUCCCAGAUCAUCCGGCUGUUACAAGAGGCUGGGGGUGACGUCUCCAAAACAGUCAUGUCCCAUAUAGACAGGACGAUACUUGAUCGGGAAGUGUUACUGGAGUUCGCUAAACUCGGAAGUUACCUGGAGUACGAUCUGUUUGGCACAGAAAUGCUGAAUUACGUGUUCAAUACGGAUAUCGACAUGCCGUGUGACAGUGAGAGAAUCAGGUGGGUCCGCCAACUGGUUGAGGAGGGCUAUGGAGAGAAGGUACUCAUUGCUCACGACGUGCACACCAAGAACAGGCUGAUGAAGUAUGGGGGACACGGCUAUUCCCACAUCCUCACCAAUAUCGUCCCCAAAAUGCUUACGAGGGGCAUUACCCAAUCGAUGAUCGACACUAUUUUGGUGGAAAACCCCAAACGCUGGUUAACCUUCAAAUAAUUGGGACGGAAAGUUGCGCGCAGCCGCUCAGGUCGCGUUUAUACGCUUUGUUUCAAUAAAAAAUGCAUAAGUAAAUGGUAA